AUGGUGUUCAACGCAAAACGCCUCUGCCUUGCGGCCGCGGCCUUGUUGGUUGCUGGUACCCAAUCUGCUGCUCUCAAUAAGGAAAACAUCGAGAAGAGGGCACUUACCUUCAACUAUGGUGGCGUCAAAGUCCGUGGUGUCAACCUUGGUGGAUGGCUUUUAACUGAGCCAUGGAUCACACCCUCCAUCUACGACUCCGUCCCCGGCGCCGUGGACGAAUGGACGCUAUGCCAAUACAUUGGCAAAGACGCCUGCUACGGCAAGCUCAGCAACCACUGGAAUAAUUUCAUCACCGCCGACGACUUCUACCAGAUCGCCGCUGCGGGCCUGAACCAUGUCCGAAUUCCGAUCGGAUACUGGGCCGUGCGGAUGCGGGACGGCGACCCGUUUGUCAGCGGACAGCUGGAUAUCCUCGAUCGCGCUAUUGGAUGGGCGAGGGCUGCGGGACUCAAGGUCUGGAUUGACUUGCAUGGUGCCCCCGGCUCGCAGAACGGUUUCGACAACUCUGGAUACCGCGACCACCUUGAGUGGCAGACGGGGAACAACCAGCAGCUAACCGUCGAGGUCAUCAGGACGCUCUCUCAACGUUAUGCGCAGAGCUCAUACAACGAUGUUGUCACGGCCAUUGAGCUCCUCAACGAACCCCUCGGCCCUAACCUUAGCAGGAGCAAAAUCGAGCAAUACUGGUACGAUGGCUGGGGCACCGUCCGCGACAGCAGCCCAGACGUCGCCGUCGUCAUCGGUGACGGCUUCUUCGAUCCAAACUCAUGGAACGGCUUCAUGACUUCCGGCUUCAACAAUGUGAUCCUCGACACGCACACCUACCAGGUCUUUAGCCCGGGUGAGCUCUCCCGCGACAUCAACGCCCACGUCGGUGCCGCCUGCGGUGUCGGCAACAACAUCCGCACCACCGACAAGUGGACCGUCGUUGGCGAAUGGUCGGCCGCAAGGACCGACUGCACAAAGUACCUCAACGGUGUGGGUCGCGGUGCCAGGUGGGAGGGCAACUUCGGAGGGUCGCAGUACUUUGGUGCCUGUGGAAACAGGUAUUCCGGCUCGGUUGCGGCAUACUCGGCGGAGGAGAAGGCAAAUACUAGGGCUUACAUUGAGGCGCAAUUGGAUGCUUACGAGCGAAAUGCCGGAUGGUUCUUUUGGACCUGGAAGACUGAGGGUGCCCCCGACUGGGACAUGAAGGAUCUUUUGGCCAACGGCUUGUUCCCGCAGCCAUUGACCCAGCGAUAUGCCAACCGCUGCGGUUACUAA